AUGCCAACCUCAUACAUCUUAGAGGGCUCAGCGGAGCAGGCGCCUGCUUCAUUUACUCUCUUUCCGUUUUUGCCAGUGGAACUUCGUCUCAAGAUUUACACGUAUUCUAUACCUGAUUCCAGGCUUGUACCUCUCAUUUUGAAGACCAGUCACUCAUUCAAAGAUAACACGCACGCUCCAAAUGUUACUGUCUCCAGCACAGUUAUUCCUCCGCUCUUACAUGUUUGCCAUGAAGCACGACAAAUAGCGAGAGAGCACUAUAGUCUCUCUUUUCACCACGCCGGUUCGCAAGCUCGCUGUCCUACGACUGUCUGGUGGCGCAAUGAUGGAUCUGAUAUCGCUCUCCUGGGUCCCAAUUCGAUUCCUAGUGGCCAUGACCACGAAGAUCCGUCUGAUCACUUUAAAAAAGUAUUGGCACUCCUCCAUCACUGCAGCCAACACGAGCCCUACAACAUCUUUCGUAUAGCUAUACCCCAAAAAAUGUUUCAUUACACUAACCCCAGAUCUAUCAUCAGUGUCAGUGGCCUGCCGGAUCUUAGUCUUCGCGAGUUCUGGGUCAACAUCAUCACUAAACUCCCAAGUAUAAAUGAGGUUCUAUUCGUUCAGGAAAGCAUUGAGGUGCUACCUCCAAACCCGUAUCAUUUGCUCACAGUCUCGGCCGUUGCACACCCGUCAAACAAUGAGAGCUCCAGACCAACCCUCUUUAAGAGACAUGUCGCAAAGGCCCUUUCAGUAGUGCUCAAAGCAUAUCCCUUGGCACGUCCCCCCUCAUGGAACGUCGUUGGAAGUGAAAUCCAAGCGUUUGAGGCACCAAAUCGCACGAACAAAAUCGUCGGAUACUAUGGUGGCCAGUGCAGGGUAGCAAAGAUGACUUUCGCUUCUGGAAAGGACAUCAUGUGGUGGGGGCUUUACAACAGCUAG